AUGGUGUCCAAGACUAGAUUGUACAACUGGUACAUAUCGCUGGUUGCAGCGAUGGCCAUGGUGCUAUAUGGGUAUGAUGCGUCGGUCUUCAACUCGGUCCAGGGCUCUGACAACUGGCUCAAUUGGUUUGGCCUCGACAUUAAAAACGACGCGUACCUUAUCGGCCUGGUCAAUACGGCGUACACGAUUGGAGCCAUCGUUGCCGGAUUCUUCAUCGGCGGCCCUACCGCAGAUUUUCUGGGCCGAAGAUGGGGCAUCGGCAUAGGCUGUUUUGUCACCAUCGUUGCCACAUUCAUGCAGACGUUCGCGCCUUAUCGUGCACUCGGGUGCUUCAUUGCUGGUCGAGUGCUAGUUGGGCUGGGACAAGGUAUCGCGUUGACCGCUGGACCGGUGUACAUCGGCGAAAUGGCACCAUCACACAUCCGUGGCUACAUCAUGGCUUUCUGGCAGCUUUUCUACUCCGUGGGCUCCUUCAUCGCAUACUGGAUCAACUAUGCCUGUGCUAAGCGCCGCCAAAGUCUCGGUGAAUGGGAUUGGAAGAUGGUUGUCAUCUUCCAGAUGCUCGUCCCGACUCUCAUCAUAGUGCUCCUUCCGUGGCAACCCGAGACACCGCGCUGGCACAUUCAGCGCCAUGGUGAUGUGGAUGCCGCCAAGGCAUCAUUGAGAAAAGUUCGCGACACUGAAGAGGAGGUGGAAGCAGAGGUUAUCACCAUUCGAGAGGCAAUUGAGUAUGAGAAGGAAAUCUCAGGUGUCGGCUACAAGGCUCUCUUCAAGGAGCCAUCAAUUCGCAAACGACUCUUGCUCGCAUUUAUUCUCAAUAUUGGUCAGCAACUCACCGGUCAGGGCACCCUCAACUCCUAUAGCACCGCCAUCUACAAGAAAGUGUGGCCAUCCACAGAUACGAUCAACCUCAUCAAUGCGCUGAAUGCGACCUUCGGUAUCAUAUUCACUCUGAAUGCUGUAUGGACUGCAGACCGGUUUGGUCGCCGAUGGCUGCUUCUCCUCGGCGCGGGUGGCAUGGCACUGUCCAUGCUCAUUGUCUCCCUAGUUGGGCUGCUAACACCCACGGGAGCGGACGGAACCAAGAGCCAGCCCGCAGGUAUCGCCAUCGUGUUUGGCCUCUUCCUAUUCAUCUUCUUUUAUAAGCCUUCCUGGGGUGCGACUACCUGGAUCUGGACCUCUGAGGUCUUCUCGAUGAACGUUCGAGCGCAGGCCGUGGGCAUGUGCUCGCAGAUGCAGAACGUCGCCAACACAAUUUUCCAGCAGUUCUUCCCGAUCUUCCUGCAGAAGACUGGGUUGAAGUGUUUGUUCUUCUUUAUGGCGAUGAACGUCGUUCUCGCUGCCUAUGUCUACUUCUUCAUUCCCGAGACGCGCCAGAUUCCUUUGGAGGAGAUGGACGAGCUGUUUGGAGACAAGAAUCACACUGUGAAAGGGGCUCAACUGCUGGGAAUAGUGAACACACAGACCGAAACGAUAGAUAUCGAGGGGAAGCAGGUUCGGUAG